CGACCGAUUUAUCGGUCUACCGAUAUAUCGGGCCGAUAUUUGCCCUUUUUUAAGGUAUCGGCAUCGGCCGAUAUCCGUGUUUACCAGCGCCGAUUUAAAGUCAGGCACAUCCGCGGGCAGCCCCGUGUAACUAGUGGCGUGCGCUGCCAUUGGGCUGCUGCAGCAUGUGAAGGACCCCAAGACAAAACUUUUGCUUACUGUUAACAACACUCCUCGGAGAUAAAGACUUAUGGCUGAACAAAAAACGAAUCCAGUGUGGCAGCAUUUUACCGAGCCUACUCAAGGGAAAGCCAGGUGCAACAUCUGUGAUGGACUUGUGAGCCUGGGAGCUGAAAAAGCCAACAAGAAAAACACAACAAAUUUGUGGAGUCACCUGAAGUGUCACCACCUCCAGGCUUACAAAGAGGCACAAAAAGAAAAAGAACAAGCAGCUUUCUCUAAAGCUAAUGUAUCUCAGCCAACUCUCACAGAAAUGUUUGAUGCCAAACGCAAGUGGCAGAAUUCGGAUCCAAGGUCAAAACAACUUGACACUUUAGUUACUGAAAUGAUUGCUACAGACAAUCAGCCAUUUACAUUUGUCUCGGGUAUUGGGUUUCGUAGGCUGGUGGCUGCAAUGGAGCCCAGAUACAACAUAAAAACUGAGAAGCACUACCGCACAGACAUCCUAGAUGGUAUAGUUGCCAAAGUUGAGAAGAAAAUAAAAGUACUGAUUGCAGAGGAUGCUGGUCCUUUUCUGUCUUUCACAACAGACUGUUGGUCUGGGGACACUGAAGCCCUGAUGAGUCUAACAUGUCAUUUUAUUGACGACAACUGGAAAAGGAAACAAGUUGUCCUAAAUGCCAAGGCCAUGUCUGGCUCACACACCGGGGAGUACAUCAGUAACAUGUUCAUUAGCCUGCUGAAGUACUGGGACAUCAGCCACGACAGGGUUGUACUUGUGCUCCGUGACAGUGGUGCUAAUAUGGUUAAGGGACUCAGACUGGCAGAAAUGCCUGAUCUCAGCUGCAGCGCACACACCAUACAGCUUGUGGUGAACGAUGGCCUCAACAGUCAGCGUGUGGUGCAGGACGUUAAUGCCAAGCUAAAGAAUAUAGCUAAACAUUUCAACCACUCUGUUCUUGCAAAACAGAAUCUGAAAAAAAUUCAAAAAGAUCUUGGCCUCCCCCAGCACAGUAUCAUACAGUCCGAACCCACUCGCUGGAACUCCACACUUCACAUGAUGAAGAGGAUGCUGGAGCAGAAACGAGCACUCAAUGUGUAUGCUGGGGAAUAUGGAAAAAUUGCUACGCCUGCGGCAGAGCAAUGGGACAUAGUUUCCAAUUUGAUUGACUCAUUGGAACCUGUUGAGGAAGUCACCCUUGAGAUCAGCAGGUCUGAGGCUUCCAUCUCCAGUGUUAUCCCAAGCAUUGUGGUGCUGAAGAUGAUGCUUCAGGCAGAGGGUCCUAACACGAGGGGGAUUAAAACACUAAGAGAAACCAUGCUGCAAAGCUUGCAGAAAAGAUUUGCAAGGAUGGAGGAGACAAAAUGUUUGGUGGUAGCAACACUACUGGACCCUCGUUACAAGGAUCAUGUCUUUUUUGCAGUGGACACACUGACCAAGGCAAAACAAUGGAUAAAAGAGGAGCAUGCCAUUGUGUCUGAACAACUGAAAAUUGCUACAACAGAAGACCAAGGACCAGAUCCGAAACAAAUAAGGGUCGAAAAUGAAGAAUUACCCGGUCCCCCCAGUGUUCUUCAACAAAUGUAUGCCAACAUCUUGAGGCCUCAUGGAUCUCCUACUCAGGAAAGUGACGAAGAGCAUCACAUCUCUGAGCAGCUGCAUCAGUACCUCCGUGAGCCACUGAUUGACAGACAGAGUGGUCAGCCACUGGAAUGGUGGAAACAGAAUGCAUCCCGCCUACACCUUCUUGCACCACUGGCAAGGAAAUUUCUCUGUCCACCCCCCUCCUCUGUUCCCAGUGAGCGAGUAUUUAGUGAGAUUGGGAAUAUUUAUGACAACAAGAGGAGCCGGCUCACAGGAGAACAUGCAGAACAUUUGUGUUUCCUGCAUGACAACCUGUCGUUCUUAAACUGGGAGUACUGAGAACUUUCAGUGAAAGAUGGGUAGAGUAAGGAAGACUCGGGGUCUGCAGCUGAGUUAAAAUUAAAGCACAUUCCUUUCAUAUUGUUCUGCAAUGUUUACAUAAUUUCCUUUACUAAAAAAUGAAGGGUUUGCUGCUGUUAUUUGCACAAAAAAUGUAUGACGCUGCUAAGUCAAGUGCACAAAAACCUUUAAGUUUAUUCACUGUUUCAUAUAAAAAUGCUGAAAGUUACAAAAAAGCUGAAAAUUAGAAUGCACUUUAGAUGUUCUGUCAUUUAUACCAAACACAAAUAUUGUUGGCUGGGUGUGUUUGCCGCACUGCUAUUAUUUAUUUUUUAUAUAUUUUAUUUAUUUAUAUUUUUCUGUUUAAUUGAUUUUUGUAUAGAAAGUCAUUUUGAUUUAAUUUAAAUGUAUAUUUAAGUAUACAUUUAUGUUCCAACAAAUUUUAAAAAUUCUUUUUGAUAAAUGCCCUUAAACUUAUAUGUAAAUCAUAUACAUUUUUUAUGUUAUCUGUUUUAUUUAUGUUAUAUUUGGUCAGUUUAUUGAUUUGUUUGGAUACAUAUUUUAUUUUAAUACUUGCAGUGCACAAAAUACAUUUUCAAGAAAUUGUGUUCAAUAAAUGAUAAUGUUAAGUUUUGGAAUGUGCAUCCACUUAUUAGUGUGACAUUUUAGCAUGCAAAUAAAGGGUAAAACUUCAAGAUAUCGGCACUAAAAAUCGGCCAAAAAAAUCGGCAGCACAUAUCGGCCAUCGGCUGACCCUAACUUCUAAACAUCGGCAUCGGCAUCGGCUAUAGAAAAACCAAUAU